AUGAGCAGGGCCAAAGCCAAACUCCCCUCGUCUCUCGUGAACACGCUGACUACCCACGCCGGGCCGAUCAACGCCAUCACCUUCUCGUCCCUAGGCGGCACCUAUAUCCUAACAGGCUCGUCGGACCGACAAAUCCACCUGUCUCGCGCCGAACCCCCCACGUCCGACACACACACUGCGUCGAAAGCGUCGCUGUCGACCACGAGGCCGAUCCAGAAGUACGCGGCGCAUGGAUACCCUGUGUUAGAUAUUGCGGUGGCUCAAGACAACCAAACCUUCGCGAGCGUGGGAGGAGACCGGGCCGUGUUUCUCUGGGACGUGCAGAACGCCGAGGGCACGCUGCGCCGGUUUGGGAACAAUACUAGCCAAGGACACACCAGUCGGAUCAACUGCGUCGCGUUUGCGGGGGAGGGCCACAGUGUGCUGGUCAGCGGCAGCGACGACACAUCAGUGCGGCUGUGGGACGUCAAGAGCCGAGAUGCGAAGCCGCUCAUGGUUCUUGAAGAGGCCAAAGACAGCAUUGCCAGCAUCGCUGUGCCGGGCAACGGGCAUGAGCUCGUUACGGGCAGCGUGGACGGGAGGCUGCGAAGCUACGAUGUGCGCAUGGGAAGAGUUACGGUCGAUGUCAUGCCGGCCCCGGUGACGAGUUUGGACGUCGCGCGGGACGCGAGGACCGUCUUGGUCGGCACUCUCGAUGGGCGGAUCAGGAUGAUGGACCGCACCGAGGGGACGUGUCUAAGGGCGUUCCCGCCCGAGGGGAAUGUCGAGGGAUACAAGAAUGACAGUCUGAGACUCAAGAGCUGCUUCGCCCUCAACGAGAGCUUGGUCUUGAGUGGCAGCGAGAACGACGGGCAUGUCAGGGCAUGGGAUGUGCUGACGGGCAAGAGCGUGGGAAAGGUGGACAUCAGCCCAGCCGGCAAACUUGUCAGUGUUGUCAAAUGGAGAGAAGGGAGCCAGGCGCAAGGGAGACAAGGCCUUUGGGCUGGCGGCGGUGUUGAAGGCGUCGUCAAGAUCUUUGCCAGCACUGACUAG